CUUUUGUUUACUUUAUUUAUAAAAACAACAACAAUUAAAAACACACAAAAUUACACAAUGCAACUUAGCCGGAUUUUACUAAAACCCAGAGCCUCCGAGGUAUUGACAGCCUAUUUAAAACAAUGCAACGAACCACCCUGGACAUCCUAUUUUGUUAAGCUCAAGGAUGUAGAGAAUGACCAAUGGGGUCGAUCACAUUUCAAUUGGACACUGGAUAGUGGAGCCAACUAUCAUAUCCUGCGGACAGCAUGUUAUCCAUAUUUAAAGUAUCACUGCACAAAACGAGAAAUACAAGACUUGUCGUUGGAAGAUAAAUUCUUUCGUUUUCUGAAGAUUAUUAAUUUGGGUUUGCCCAUGCUGUUCUAUGGCCUGGCUGCUAUACGUUUAAUAAGUCACGAGGAAGUUGUACACUUACCAACUGGUGACAAGGUUUCCAUAUAUUUUUUGUAUGCCGAAGAUAAGGGUUCUAGAUUUUAAAAAAUAUGAACUAACGAAUUCGUUAUAAAGUUUGUUGUUGAUAAAUGAAGAAAAAUGGAGGCUGUGUACAUAAAUAACUAGAAAUAUAGUUCUCCUAUGACCGGGAGACUGGGAACAUAAAAUAAACCAAUGUUAUUUUAAACUAUGCUGGAAAUCGAACAAUAAUAUUAAAAUUCGAAUAUUAACUUCUAUUUAAGUAGUCAUCGUAGUUAAAAAUAUAUUUUUGCUUGUUUUUACAGACCAGUCUUAGUCGUUUAUGGAAGUUGCCAUAUAAAAGGACUCCAGCAAACCUAACCAACUAACUCCAGUGCUUCUGUUACUUCAAACCUUACAUGUUGGCACCUUUUUGAAAUUGAAUUGUAAAGCAGGGCCAGGUCAGGACAAACAUCAGAACGAGCUGCCACAACAAUGAUCCAAUACUCCUCAUAUAUAUUCUGAUUGUCUGUAAACUUCUCUACUUUUAAAUUUCUGAAAAAGACUUAUUUUCUUCAAAGGCCAAUAUCAGUUCAAAUGACCUGAAUUUUGUCCCAUCCGACCGAAAUCAGUCUAGAAGCAAGUACAUUAAAUUUGGUGAAAAUCGGUUCUUAUGUAGCUAUAGCUCCCAUAUGUAUGUUUUAUUCGAAUUGGUGUUUAAGUCCCUCACAUUCGUAAUAUGCACUCCACAAGAAUGAUAUUUGGUAUCAGAUAUCUUAUAGAGUUCGGAAAUACCUUUGACAAAUUUUUAUCGAGAUCGGCUAAUAUUUGUAUAUAGCUCCCAUAUAUAUCCUUAAUCUGAUUUCAUGUUUAUUGUGCAAAUAAUGGCUGAUAUCAGCCCAAAUGGAGUGAAUUUUGGGACGUAUGUUUCCAUUAUGUGGAAAUCGGCUCCGAUAUAUACCCUCCACCAUAGUAUGAAGGGUAUAUUAAGUUUGUCAUUCCGUUUGCAAUACCUCGAAAUAUAAAUUUUAGACCCCACAAAGUAUAUAUUUUCUUGAUCAGCAUUAAAUUCUAUAUCGAUUUAGCUAUGUCCGUCUAUCCGUCUGUGGAAGUCCCUCUAGCUUUCGAAAGAAUCAAAGUAGAUUGAUAAAAUUUUACUCAAAUGUAUAUUAUGUCUGCAUGACUUGUGGUAUUAAAAAUGGGCCAUGUAGGUCCAAGUUUUGGUAUAGCCCACAUAUAACGGUACCAACCGAUAUUCAGUAUUUUAGCGACAUUAUUCACCGCAAUUAUUUCAAAUUUGGUAUUUGAAGUACGUAAUGGAUACUACAUCCUAAGACAAAAAAUUGUCUGUACUGGUCCACGUCUUCGUUUAGCCUCCAUAUAACGCUACCUCCCAAUAUUCGGUAUUUUGAUGAUUUUAGCGUCAUUAUUCACCGGAAUUGUUUCAAAUUACGUAUUUAGAGUUCGUAAUGGGAACUACAGUCUGUGACAGAAAAUUGUCUAUGCAGGUCCAGAUCUUCGUUGUUGUUGUUGUUGUUGUAGCAGUAGUACAUGUGUGUGUUUCUGUUCUGCUAAUCUGGUUCCAGAUCCAGGUUUAGAAAUUCGGCUACUUUAACGGGCUGUAGCCAGAGAUCCUCUGGAGUGAGUUGGGUAGGUUUGGCUGAGCAAUUAAAAAGGUGUAGCGUAUUGUGCGGGCCUGUAUCGCACGCCGGGCAGGCGUCACGCACAUCUUCAUCAAUUCGUGCCCAAUACGAAUUGAGGCGACUACACCAUCCUGAACGUAAUUGCGCCAAAACUACCCUGGUUUGUCUAGGCAGCUGACGUUCUUCGGCUGCAAUGGAUGGGGGGUGGACUCCGAGGACGGCAUUCACUUUGUAACUGCUAAUAGCAUCCGCGACUGCAUCGGUGUGAAUGCCACUCAGACCUGCCUGAUAGGCUUCUUGAUCUAGAGGCUCUCUUUUGUAGCGCUGGACCUCCCUCUCUAGAUCAUGUAUGUCCUUCCUGACACGCCUGGGUGGGGGAGAGUUAUCCACCAUAUAAUGGUUGGGAUGACUCUCACGGUAACACCCAAGCAGGUACUGCAACGAAAGCAUAUGAUUAUGCUGACGUAAGGGAAGGACUUUCGCCUCCUCAUGUAGAUGGUCCACUGGUGUCAUGAGGAGGCACCCUGUCGCAGUUCUCAGGGCAGCGUUCUGGCAGGUCUGGAUAUUCUUCCACUGCGUAGCAC